AUGUGUCUUCUUCAGUGGGCAUCAAUACACAGUAAUUCUUAUUCUAUAUAUAAACUUUUUUUUCAAAUUGCAAAGCACACUAUCACUAUGGAAGGCCUCAGACCAAUUCGAGUAUCGAAGGAAGACAGUGAGGAUGGCCAACCCUUGAGCCCAAUGGCUCGCAUGUUUCAUCAGCCUCACUCCAAUGUCUACAUCAUCAUCAUUCUAGGGUUUAAGACCUCCAUCAACCCCCUUGCUUUUAAAGCUACCUUGCGCCAUUCUUUACUUAAACAUCCUCGUUUCUCCAGUUUGAAGGUUGUGGACGAGGAAAAUGGUGGGGAAAUGAGAUGGGUCAGAACAGAAGUAAACUUAGAUAACCAUGUAAGAGUUCCAAAGCUUGAUCCAUGCAUGGAGUCUCCUGAUAAUUUUGUGGAAGAUUACGCUUCCAAUCUCAGUACAACUAUAAUUAGUAAGUCCAUGCCUUUGUGGGAUGUUCAUCUGCUCAACGUUCAAACCUCUGAAGCUCAAUCAACUUGCAUCAUUCGCGUCCACCAUUCCCUUGGCGAUGGCAUCUCUCUCAUGUCUCUUUUACUCUCUUGCACUCGCAAAGCAUCUGAUGCUGAGGCACUUCCAUCCAUCCCAACUAUUAAGAGAAGCAACACUAGUAAUAACUCUGGAGGGUUUUCGCAAUUUCUGCUCAAGCUAUGGUGUUUGGCGUUGCUGUAUUGGAAUACUAUUGUCGAUAUAGUGAUGUCUCUGGGGACAAUUUUCUUCUUGGAGGAUACUAAAACUCCUCUGAAAGCUACAUUGCCAUUGGGAACUCCUCGUAAAAGAUUGGUGCAUAAAACAAUCAGCUUGGAUGAUGUGAAGCUUGUGAAGAAUGCCAUGGGCGCAACAAUUAAUGAUGUGAUGGUAGCAAUAACACAAGUGGGUUUAUCUUCCUAUAUCAACAGGAAGUUUGGUGAUAAUAAGAAAGACAAUCAAGGAGCAAAAGGGAAUGCUAGCAAUAAUCUUCCCAACAACAUUCGUCUUAGAGCAGCUCUUUUCGUCAACCUAAGAUCAUCUGCAGGAAUCCAAGCUUUUGAUGACAUGACGAGAAGAGACAGUAAAGCCAGAUGGGGUAACCAUAUUGGAUAUGUUCUGUUCCCCUUCACCAUGGCAAUACGAGAUGAUCUAUUAGAUCAUGUACGUGAAGCUAAGCUCACUGGAGACAGAAAGAAAGCUACCUUUGAAGCUAAAUUCAAUUAUUGCAUGGCUAGGUUUUUCCCCAAAUGGUUCACCAACAAGAUGUCGAGCUUUCCAAGUCGAACUACACUGUGGUUUUCCAAUACACCUGGUCCAGCAGAAGAAAUAUCAUACUUUGGCCAUCCUGUGAGCUUCAUAGCACUCAGUGUUUAUGGCCAACCUAAUGCAUUGAUGAUUCAUGUAGUGAGUUACGAGAAGAAGAUGAAGAUUAUCUUAUCAGCAGAUGAAAAUGUAAUUUCUGAUCCGCAUCAACUCUGUGAUGAUCUUCAAAAUUCUCUUGAGCUCAUAAAGAAUGCUGUGAUAGCUAGAAAAAGGGAAGAUCCACAGUUAUAUAAACACCACUAGUAUGUGUUGUAUAUGUUAAUAAAUACACGAAUAUGGUUAUUGGUUAAAUAAACGUUUUAUAGCAAAAUAAAAAUUGUAAUGAUAUUCGAAAAAAAAAAAAAAGGAAU